AUUGUGAAGCUGGUUUUAAGAUUGUCAAUAUGCAUUUCUGAUCAUCUUAUGCCAAUAAUUACCAACAAGCCAUUAAUUUGUUUUAGUUGAAAGAAUACUGCUUGGUCACUAAGCUUCUCCAUACAUCACCUUGUGCCAAAAAUAAAGUGGCAAAAUCAAGAGUGAUGUGAAGAUACGUGUAUGUAAUGUUAUUGUUAUGGGUUAGAUAGAGAUAAUGAAUCGUGUCUGUCAUACAUACUAAUAUUACAACAGGAGUUCUAGACAACAAAAGAAAAUACAGAAAAUAACAAAACAUUUGUCUAAAGUCAACGUAGUAUCCACAUUUAGCUGAACUACCACUAUCUUAUUUGGUAAUUUACACAGUUUGUAGGUGAGGAAGGUAACCGCAAACCAAAGUACCUAUUGCAGAACCAACCAAUCCACCCCCAACAGUAUUUUCACAAUUAGAAGUCAAAUUAGGAGUGUCUUCAUAUAGAAGCAACAAAAGGGUGGGAGUGUUACCAGUUAUAACCACAAAAUCUUAGAUUGAACACCACUCAGCAAAUCACUAGUAUUCAUCAUUUAUGUCAGAUCAUCAGAGACAGAGAAUCCACCCUAUGGAUGUGGAAGCAAAACCACACCCUAGGACCCCGUUAGUACCUCCAGGUUCUUCUAGAUCAGAAAAGGGUAUCCCUGUACCAGUGCACCAUCCUCCUCCACAAAGAAAAAGAAGCUGCUUUUGCAAGUGCAUAUGUUGGACACUAAGCUUACUAGUCCUUCUUCUCAUUAUCUUAGCAGCAACUGUAGGAACCCUUUACAUAGUCUUCAAACCAAAGCUUCCAAAUUACUCAGUUGACACACUGAGGAUAAGUGAUCUAAGGCUUAACUUUGACUUGAGUCUGUAUGCAAAGUUUGAUGUGAAGAUCACAUCAAAAAAUCCAAACAAGAAGAUUGGUAUUUACUAUGAGAAAGGAGGGAAGUUGAGUGUGUUGUACACAAACACAAAGCUUUGUGAAGGGUUUUUACCUGAAUUCUACCAAGGUCAUCAGAACAAAACAGUGCUUAAUGUGUCGUUAACAGGUCAAGUCCAGUCGGGAAACACGUUAAUGGCGGCAUUGCAGCAACAACAGCAGACAGGACGCAUUCCGUUGGAACUCGAUAUUCACGCACCGGUUGCAAUCAAACUUGGGAGGUUGAAGUUGAAGAAGGUGAAAGUGUUGGGUCAAUGCCAGUUGGUGGUUGAUAGCUUAUCCACUAAUAAUCUUGUAAGCAUCAAGGCUAGUAACUGUAAUUUCAGAAUGAAACUUUAAAUCUCAUCAUCACGGGAGAGUUUGCCUUAGUAUGAGUGUGAUUUUCUUUAUCUUUGGAAUUAGAAAACUUGAUUCUUUUAUGAAUAAUAAACUGCUAUUGUAGGCUUGUAGCAGUUCUUACAAUAUUUUUGUAUUUGUCUUCUGUUUGUAUUAUUAUUGGUUCACAACAUUCAUUAGACAACAUAUGGGACUUGGUUGAUUGUGUAAUUUUUGUUAUUGUAUAUCCAUUCAUUCAAUUCAACAUGUAUGUGACAAUUUAAAUAAAUUUCAGAUAUAUAUCUAAUCACAUAUAAUCA